AUGUCUUUAUUCAUUUCCCUGAGCCUCGCCUUAUUGAUUAUGCUGCUUACCAGGGUUGCACUUGAUAUGUACACCCUGGCCGCGCUGGUUGUAUCCUUCGGAAUGAUGAUGGAUAAUUCAAUUGUCAUGCUCGAUUAUUUUCACCGUUUUCGAAGUAAAAAGAUCAUCACUGCCGUACUGGCUGCCACCGGCACAACCGCUGCAGUAGUUGGACUGAUAUUUUUUUUGCCGGAAGAGCAAAAAGCAGCAGUGGGCAAUUUUGCCAUGGUUGUUAUUAUCUCCCUGAUGGCUUCAGUCAUUUCGGCGCUGUUUUUCCUGCCGGGCAUUUAUCAAAUAUUGAUACGCAGAAACGGGCACAUUAUUGCCCAAACCGCGGCAACUGCAAAGGGGCGCUUCGGUCAGGCAUUGAAAGCCGCUUACGGUAGUUUUAUUGCCCUGCUCCUGCGUUUCCGGAUGGCAUUUUUUACUGUGCUGGUGCUUGUAUUCGGUCUCCCUUUUUUCUUAUUACCCGUCGCCAGACCCGGCAACCACUGGUAUAACGGUUUGUAUCAGUCGACUUUCGGGUCCAAUCGCUACCAGCAGGAUAUUCGUCCCUAUGCAGACGGCUGGCUUGGAGGGACAUUCAAACGUUUUGUUGAUAAUAUCAGUGAACAUUCAGGAUACCGCCCACCGGAAAAAAUACGACUCUACCUGUCGGCACAAUUGCCUUACGGUACUUCAACCGGGCAGCUGAAUGGUAUCAUCGGCGCGGUGGAACAAUACCUGCUCGGUUUCCCUGAAAUAGCGUCCUUUGUAUCCAAUGUAUAUUCCGGGCAGCAGGCAGGUAUAGAAAUUAUUUUCAAUGAAAACUACGAACACAGCGCAUUCCCCUUUCAACUCAAGGAAAAACUCAUCCACCGCACUGCUGAACUGGGCGGUGUUGACUGGUUAGUGUAUGGUAUUGGCCAGGGAUUCAAUAAUAACGGCGGUGGCGAGCUGCCGGAUUACAGGAUUGUACUGAAGGGCUAUAAUUACCAACAGCUGCAGGAAGAGGGUAAAUGGCUGGCGGCACAACUGGCCACUAACCGGCGGAUACAGGAUAUUAAUAUUGAUGAACGGUUUGACAAUACUGAAAAACUCAGUGCGAAUUAUUUACUGACCAUGAAUCCGGAACGCUUAUCAUUGUAUAAGGCCAGUCAGCGCGAAGUAUUGAGGGCGGUUGAUGACCGUGCCCGUGCAGGCGCUCCUGCAACAAUGGUGGCGUUCGCAGGUCAUUACUACCCGCUGGUGGUACAGGCAUCGGGGGCAAAUCAAUUUUCAGCCUUCGAUUUGUUGCAUACCGCCCUGUACCUGGAUAGCGGUCAGGCGCUGAGCCUGCAGUCAAAUGCUCAUAUGGAUUACCGUGUAAUGCCCAAUGUUAUACAUAAAGAAGACCGCCAGUAUAUUCGCAUCGUCAGUUUUCAUUAUACAGGCUCAUUGCUGGCAGCAAAAUCAUUUAUCAGCAACCAGGUUGCACAGGCCAAUGCGGGUAUGCCUGCGGGGUACAGCGCGGAACUAAAGGAUACGACCCUGCAAUGGAAGGCAAAAGUUUCCAAUACCGUUUUGUUGCUGGCCCUGCUGGGUGUAAUUUAUUUGGUAUGUGCUGUAUUAUUUGAAAACCUACGGCAGCCAUUAUACAUUAUUAUAUUAAUCCCGGUUUCAUUUAUUGGAUUGUUCCUGGUAUUUGCGCAGAGCGGAAGUUACUUUGACCAGGGCGGGUAUUGCGCGUUCUUAAUGACCGGUGGCCUUGUCGCCAAUGGUGCUAUUUUUAUUGUCAAUGAUAUCAACCAUGCCCGUGCCGGCAUGGUUGAUAAGCCGGCUAUCAUGCUUGACAUCAUUAUAAAACGCAGCCGCACCAUCCUGCUCAGCACAAUAUCCACCUGCUGCGGACUGGUACCUUUUAUUUUCGGGGAGGUGAAUGAAGUGUUCUGGUAUUCCUUUGCGAUCGGUACUGUCGCCGGACUGAUCUUUUCCCUGGCUUCCUUAUUUGUUGUUCUUCCAUUAUUGCUCUGGCGCCGGCCGGUGGCCUAUUAA